GCUGCGGUCAGCUGAGCGGCGCCUGGCGGGUCGCGAGGCCGCGCGUCACCGUCCAGCUGCCCGGUCGCCGCCCCCCGGCUGGUCCCUGGCGGGCGUCGGCAUCCAGAGCUUUGGGACAAAAUACCAACGAAGCAGUGACCUAAGAGGAGAGGAUCCCUGUGGCCGAUGGUGGAAGGAGAGAGAAAGGCUGUCAUCAGAACUCCACAUAGACUGCAGGCAUGAUGCUUGUGAUUGCUCAUGUGCAGGACCUGUUACCAUGUCCCAUCAACCUCUGAGCUGCCUGACUGAGAAGGGGGACAGCCCUUGUGAGACCCCAGGAAAUGGACCCUCCAAUAUGGUUCACCCCAGCCUGGACACAUUCACCCCUGAAGAGCUGCUGCAGCAAAUGAAGGAACUCCUGGUUGAGAACCACCAGCUGAAAGAAGCCAUGAAGCUAAAUAAUCAAGCUAUGAAAGGGCGAUUUGAGGAGCUGUCCGCCUGGACAGAGAAGCAGAAGGAAGAGCGCCUGUUGUUUGAGAUGCAAAGCAAAGAGGUUAAGGAGCGCCUUAAGGCCCUGACUCAUGAAAAUGAGAGGCUGAAGGAAGAGCUUGGAAAAUUCAAAGAGAAAUCAGAAAAGCCAUUUGAAGACCUCACAGGUGGCUGCAGGUAUCCCAGAGCCUUGGAGGAGGAAGUGGAAAAGCUGAAGACCCAGGUGGAGCAGGAAGUGGAGCAUUUGAAGAUCCAGGUGAUGCGCCUUCGGGCUGAAAAGGCAGACCUGUUGGGCAUCGUCUCAGAACUGCAGCUCAAACUCAACUCCGGCGGCUCCUCGGAAGACUCCUUCGUUGAGAUCAGGAUGACUGAAGGAGAGACUGAAGGGGCAAUGAAGGAGAUGAAGAACUGCCCUACACCCACAAGAACAGACUCCAUCAGCCUGAGCAAAUGUACAGAGGAUGCCAGGAGUUGUGCGGAGUUUGAAGAACUGACUGUGAGCCAGCUUCUGCUUUGCCUAAGGGAAGGAAACCAAAAGGUGGAGAGACUUGAAGUCGCCCUCAGAGAAGCCAAAGAAAGAAUUUCAGAUUUUGAAAAGAAAGCAAAUGGCCGUUCUUCAACUGAGAAGCAGACAGCGGGGAGAGCAGACAGAGAGGAGGAGGACAAAGGCCAAGAGAGUGUUGGAAGCGAAGUGGAAACACUGAGCAUUCAAGUGACCUCUCUGUUUAAGGAGCUUCAAGAGGCACACACAAAACUCAGUGAGGCUGAGCUGAUGAAGAAGAGACUUCAAGAAAAGUGUCAGGCUCUGGAGAGGAAGAACUCUGCAACACCAUCAGAGCUGAAUGAAAAGCAAGAGCUCGUUUAUAGUAACAAGAAGUUAGAGCUGCAGGUGGAGAGCAUGCGCUCUGAAAUCAAGAUGGAGCAGGCCAAGACAGAGGAGGAGAAGUCCAGGUUAGCCGCUCUGCAGGCAACUCACAACAAGCUCCUUCAGGAACAUAAUAAGGCACUGAAAACAAUUGAAGAACUAACCAAGCAACAGGCAGAAAAGGUGGACAAGAUGUUGCUGCAGGAGCUUAGCGAGAAGCUGGAGCUGGCAGAGCAGGCUCUGGCAUCCAAACAGCUCCAGAUGGAUGAGAUGAAGCAGACGCUCGCUAAGCAGGAGGAGGACCUGGAGACCAUGGCUGUCCUCAGGGCUCAGAUGGAGGUGUACUGUUCAGAUUUUCACGCUGAGAGAGCAGCAAGAGAGAAGAUUCAUGAAGAAAAGGAGCAGCUGGCCUUGCAGCUCGCGAUUUUGCUGAAAGAGAACAAUGACAUUGAAGAUGGAGGCAGUAGACAGUCCCUGAUGGAAAUGCAGUGCCGACACGGGGCGAGAACCAGUGACUCUGACCAGCAGACUUACCUGUUUCAAAGAGGAGCCGAGGACAGGAGCUGGCAGCACGGGCAGCAACCCCGCAGUAUUCCGAUUCACUCCUGCCCCAAGUGCGGGGAGGUCCUGCCGGACAUCGACACGCUUCAGAUUCAUGUGAUGGACUGCAUCAUUUGAGUGUUCUCUCCACUCCCCAAAGCUCUUG